CUGUGGAAUCCGUUUGAGUGCACUGAUUGAUAUUCAAUAGCGAUGAGUGAUUCUAACUCCUCUCUCAUCCGUACGCCGACCAUUUUUCAGAACGCCUGUCCGGAACUGUGGGUAUCUGUGCCUUCCCUGUGGUGCUUCACCUGGUUGUCAGGUAUCAUCUGGGAGGCUUUCCGUGGUCGCGUCCAACGCCCUGAAGACGUGUUUUCAGUCCGUCCAAUCGACGCAGUCGAACCGAAUUUCCGUCUGUUUCAAACAGCCUGGGAAAAAUGUAUCACCCGUUUUCAUCCUCGUAAAAGGAAACCCAGAUCCGUAUCAUCUGACGAUCGCUUAGUCUUACUAAGCGAAACCGAUGAAAAUCCUGACAACUUGAAUGCGCAACAGGAAGUUCUUGAUGGCUCGGUGCCUACCGUCGCUUUUCGCCCAUCAGCAGCUGACAGGAAAAAGUUCGCCAAGACCGGUUCUCAGGACCCAUCUCCAAAACCAGAGACGGGACAUAAAGUGGAAAAGCGUGAACAUGCAGUUGCGCUGCUCUCCGCUUUAGGAUCUGCCUUUGGAGGUCGUUUGCUAGUUGCUGGCUCUUCCNNGCUGAUAAGCACCUUCUUGAACUAUGCUUCACCGAUAUUUCUGGGGUUUCUACUUCGUUUUCUUGCCUCCACUGACCGACCUGACUGGGAGGGUUAUUUGAUUGCAGUCGCCACAAUCCUAUUGUCCUUAGCUGCACUUGUCUGCGAUCAACGUGGAUUCUACCGAAGCUUGACCCUUGGCAUAUCACUACGGUCUGUGCUCACAUCUGCAAUCUAUCGGAAGUCCUUGAGGCUUUCUUCGGAGUCCCGAGCGAAGUACACUACCGGCGAGUUGCUCAACUUGCUGAGCGUUGAUGUCAAUCGAAUCAUGGAGUCUUUCAUGUUCUCGUUCCUCACUUGGACGGCAGUCAUUCAGUUUGUCCUGUCUUUCGUACUCUUGUGGCGUCAGCUGGGACCGGCAACAUUAGCGGGUAUUGGAUGCAUGUUCCUACUCUUACCCCUGAAUGUGAUGCUCAUGUGGUUCACCCAAAAGUUCGAGGCUUCUGAAAUGAAAUGGAAGGAUAAGAGGCUCAAGUGUCUCGGAGAAGUUUUCGGGGCAAUCAAAGUCAUAAAGCUGUACGCCUGGGAGAAAGCCUUUCAAACUCAAGCUGACAGCAUCCGAACAACCGAACUGAGCCGUCUGGUGCGAGUAGCCCUGGGCUGGGGCCUAGGCAAUGUGAUUUGGAAUCUUGCCCCAUAUGUGAUUCUCCUGACCACAUUUGUCACGUUCACUUGGAGUCUUUUGUUGAACGGCGAAACCGGUGCAGUGAAAUCCAACGCAACUGCCACAAUGCCCAUGUUUUUGGAUCCCGAGCGCAUUUUUGUCAGCGUCAGCUUGUUCAAUCUGCUUCGGGCUCCUUUGAUUCUUCUACCCUGGAGCUUGUCUGCCGUGAUCAUGGCAUAUGUCUCUGUCAAGCGCAUUGGAGCGUUCCUCUUGGCACCCGAGCUAGACCACAAUGCAGUGGAGCGAUCCGCGAAAACCGAUACACCGUAUGCCGUGGAAUUUAAAGAUGGGUCUUUCUCGUGGACCAAAGAUGGACCGAUGAUCCUACAAGAGUAUGUUGUACUUUACUUUAUUUAG